CAGGCUCUCAAGCAAAGAAUUGGAAUCAUGCAGAAUAAAAAAGUGCAGUUGCUGUUUUAAGGAGUCGCUUAGUUAUUACUGUACCUACUGUGAGGAUAAUUUAUGCGAAGAAUGCAAGUUGCCCCAUCUUACUCGAAGUGCAAAGACUGACAAAGGCCACAAUGUUGUAUUUUACCGGGACAAGAACCAAGGCAUUGUUCAAAGACGGACAUGUGAAAUUCACACAGACAUUCCAAGUACAGCCUACUGUAAAAAAUGCAACAAAUCUGUGUAUAAGCUAUGGGAUGUAGUGAAACAGUGGAAAAGUGAAAUGUUGUCUCGUCUAAAUAAAGCAAAACGGAGUUCUGAAAAGCCGAUUAAAAAUUCUCUUACAAAAACAAGAGAAAAAUGUAAUGACAUAGAAAGAAAAAUAGAAGAGAAAAGAGAAAUUCUUCUCGACAUUGAAGCAUUACAUAAUCCUGAACUGUUACCUGAACCCGAGGACAUCGAGUGUCUCCCUGAAAAACCAGACUUGAAAAUACCAAGAAUAAGUCUCUCCACUUCAGAUAUUAACACGGAAUUCUUGAGUAACUUUGCGAACAUAACUGUGUCAACCAGUAAUAUGAAUAGUUUUGACGUACACGAGGUAGAAUCAAAGCAUUUCAAUAAUAAGAUACAAGACAUGACUUGCAGUAAAGAUGGAAAUACCUUGUUUGUUACAGAGCAAGGAAGAGGUAAAAUUUCAAAAAUCGAUCAUGAUGGCGAGAUUCAGACCGAGUUUGGGACAAAAUGUAAGAAACCCCUGUUUUCUGCAUAUUGUACCGGAGGAGUUAUUUAUGGUAACCCCGAAAAUAAAACGAUUGAAAUAUCCACUUCCGAGUCCACGGAUGAAGUAAGGACUAUAAUGUCUACAGGAAAAUGGUAUUCCAGAGGAAUUACAAUUACGCAAGAAAAAAUGCACGUUUGCCUUCGUUCAUAUCCUGAAAAAAAUAAAGAAAGACGCGCAAAGGUUUCUACUUUCGAAGUACCUGAUAAUCUCAUAAAGUCUUUCAGGAAGGUGAAAAGCAUUGAAUUCCAUGAAAAUCAGUCUCUCUUUGAGGAUCCAAGAUUCAUUGCAGAAAAUAAUAAAAAUGGAGAUUUGUGUGUAACGGAUACAGCAAAGAAACUUUUAAUCGUAGUUGAUAAAUGGGGAAAAUUUAGGUUUACAUACGAAAGAGAUCUAUCGAGCCACAAGUUUAACCCACAAAAUGUUUGUGCUGAUAGUGAAGGCUUUCUUCUUUUACUAGACGUUUCUCAGAUAACAGCAAACAUUCAUGUCAUCAACCACGAUGGACAAUACAUCUGCCAUAUUGAACCAGAAUACCUGAAUAGUCCCACGGCUAUGUGCAUUGAUUGCAACGAUAGGUUGUGGUUAGCGGACAGAGCAAAUGAUAAGACUAAAAUUCUCUGCAUGCAAAAAAGUGAUGACAUUCUGAAGACAUUGGAAGAGUUUAAGAAUCAUUCAGUGAAAGAACCGAAAAACAAAUUGACAACUGCGGGAAAUAAAGUUGUUUUACAACACUCACAAGCAUCAUCAUGAACAAUUCAUUAAAAGCAACGAAAAACCAUGUAUCUGAAUCUAAAUAAAGAAACAUUGAAUAUAUCAAUCAUAUCUGAGAACAAAUUUACAACCGCUAUAAAAAGAAUGUCACUGGCCUUUUGUAUUGACUGAGUACGACGCAAACAGUGUCGCAAAAUCCAAAAACAUUGAAAAUAUGUGUGGGAAGAACAACACUAAUAUUCCUGAAGUUUACUGAAGAAAUGGAAACAGAUUUGACUGUGAACCGUCUUUGUCGUGACGAAGUCAUCUAAGCUUCGUCUUUUGACCAAUCAAAUAUUGGGUGAACGAUUCUUUAUGCACUUUCAGAUAU